AUGCCUUUAGACAAAGAAGAAACUUCUUCCUACCUUGAAGCAGCCGACCUGGAGACGUCUAGCCAAGCCGCAUCACACCAAGAAGAGUACCUUCUAGCCACACCAGAAGAGGAGAUUAACCCUGAGCUGAUCGAGUUCGUGAAGAGAGAUCAAUUCCAUGAUCUGUUUUCAGAGAUUUGCAAGGAACCACCUUUCAAAUCCAAGUACCACCACUACUCUCAUCAGCUGGAGAGAGAGCGUGAUGAAGAAGAAUGGGGAGGCAUACCACCCCAUCCUGAAGUUCUGAAUGAAGAGCUAAUCAAGCAUGUGGAGAGGAAUCCUUUCUACAAUUCUAUUUCAGAAUGUGCAAAGGAGCAUCUAUGCAACUUUGAGCAGCUUUGUCAUGACUAUGGACUUGGAGACAACCCCAAGAAGAUACAACUUUUCCAACUAUCUCUAGCUGGACAAGCCAAAGACUGGGCUAAGUUCAAUGCCCAACAUGCUUUCAAGACUUGGAAUGGAUACAAAGGAGCUUUCCUCACAGAUUUGCCAAAGGUCCUGUUUAUGUCCCACCACCACGCCCAAGCUAUUCACAAUCACCAUCCAUCAUCACCAGACAUAAACAAGACACCACUUUUCCCAAGGGAGAGCUACCAAGCUGCGCGCCAAACCAAGAUUGAAGAUAUGCUUCAAGAGUACUUGAGAAAUCAAGAAGAGAGUACAAAGAAGAUGGAGAGAAGAAUCGAUUUCAUCCAUGAGAGCCUUGGAAACAAAUCUGAAGUCCUAUUCAAGCAAGUGAUCAAGCUUGAUGAAGACAUUAAGAAGUUAAGAGAGGAUCAUGAUCGAUCUUUGACCCUAGUUAAGCUUGAUGUUGCUUCCAAAUAUCAAGAGUUGCUGAACAAGAGCAUGAGAAUUGAAGAUACUAGCUAUGGCAAUAGCAAACAUCUUGGAUCAAUCUACAACCGCCUACAAGCCCUUGAAGGAUCAUCUCAUGCCAAUUACAAGAGAGAGAGGAGUCCAACACCCAACCACCCUCCCUUUUAUUGCAAUGCCAUCACAAGAAGAAGCACUACUCAAGUCCAUGAGGACAAUGAAGAAGAAGAAAGAGAGUAUGAGGAACAAUUGAAUGAUGAAGAUGAAGAGCAGAGCAUCGACAUCAAUGCUUCCCCAAAACAGAGCAUGGAUACACCAAGCCCUAGAGACCCUCGUUUCUCACCAAGAAGUCAAGCUUCUACACUUCCAAGACUGGAAGCAAUGCAAAGACCAUCACCACCUACUGAAGAAGAAGAUACUUGGCAGUAUGAUCCCAUUGAUCCCAACAAGAUAAGCCCCAUGAAGCUUAAAGAGUUCAAUGCUAAGGUGAAAUCACUUCCAUUCUAUGUCACUUUUGAAGAAGCUUGGGAUAAACAUGGUCUAGUGGAGUUCUUUUUCACAACUAGUGAAAACAAAGAAGAGAUACACCAACUUUUCAGGAAGGCUCGAUUUCCCAUUGCCCCUCAUGGAGUCAAUCAACCACCAUCACCACCAUCAUCACCACCACCUCAGUGGUAUGUCAAUUCCAUAUCAAGAGAGAAGCUUGCUGAGUUCAAUCAGUUUGUCCAAACUCUUCCAGCCAGCAUGUCUUUCAAAAGCUUGGCGCCACUACCCAUUCACCACCUUCUUCCACAACUGCAAGGAGACACCUGA